AUGAAGGAUGAUAAUAAUAAUUAUUCAAAUUAUAAAUAGAAGGAUUGAGUUCACAUGAGUGAUAGCUGAUCCACCUCUAUCUCACCUUAAUUUCUUCUUCUUCUUCAGUCUUUGAGGCCUGUACGUGAUAAUGGCAGAUCAAGUUAUUCUACUGAAUUCCUCGAUUAGCGCGUUUGGGAUGAGGGUUAGAAUUGCGUUGAUUGAGAAGGGGAUCAAGUAUGAGCACUGUGAGGAAGACUCGAAAAACAAGAGCGAUCUGCUUCUCAAAAUGAACCCGGUUCACAAGAAGAUCCCAACUCUAAUUCACAAUGGGAAAUCGGUGCAUGAGACUAUCAAAGGAGUACCAUGGAGCACAAAAGGAGAAGAACAGGAGGCAGUAAAUAAGUUCUUUGAGACCUUCAAGAUAUUGGAGGAGGAGCUGGGAGACGGACCUUAUUUUCAGGCUGAAACAUUUGGAUCUGUAGACAUUUCUCUCAUUACUUUCUGCACUUGGUUCCAUGUCUUGGAGAUGUUUGGAAAAUUCAGCAUGGAGGCUAAGUUUCCCAAGAUUAUUGCAUGGGCAAAGAGGUGCAUGCAGAGGGAGAGUGUCGCCAGGAGUCUUCCUGAUCCGAAGAAGAUCUAUGAGUUUGUGAUGGAGAGGAGGAAGGGGCUUGGCCUGGAAUAGAGUAUUGUUGUGGCCAAUUAGAGUGUUGAAGUACUGCAUGUUUGCAUGGUUUUGGUCUGGUUAUGUCAAAAGAGGCAUGUAACGUGGAUUAUCUUUGAAUAAGUACGCUAAAUAUUACAUGAAAUUGUUGCUUUCUAACAAA